CCGGUCUAAAAAGUUCGCGAGAAGAUCAAGAAUCCACACGGUAAAGAGAGGGGAAGGAGGAAAAAAAAAGGGUAAAACCCCAACCUUAGCAGAGGGCUCUUAUGGCGGACGCGGAUCCAGCUCCUUCUCCACCGGCCGUGGCUCCUCUACCCUCUCCCUCGAAGAAGUUCCAGUUUCAAGCGCUAGGGGAUCGGAUUGUGGAAUUGAAUGAAUCACAGUCGGAGUUGUUGCUCAAACUUCAAGGGCUGAAAGAAAACUUGCAAAACUGGAGGUCAAAGUUGGACGCGCAAGUUAAGACCUACAAGGAUGAGCUUUCAGAGCUCAAAUAGGCACUGAAAACUGAACUUGGGCAGCUGAGAUCAGUAAGUUGAUUGAAUCCUUCAUCUUUCUUUUUGUGGUGUGUGUAUGUGUUUGCUAACUCAUUUUCUAAUACUAUUAGGAAUUCAAGGAUCUAAGGACCCCUCUUCAAACGCAACAAGAUGAUGUCACGAUGAGCUUCAGUGACUUAGUUAUUCGGGAUGCACCUGAACAAACUGAGGAACCUAAAAAUCCCAAGGUGGAGGAUGGCAUCGAGAAACCGGAAGCUCCUUCGUUAGGCAACUCUUAACUCGAUCAAAAAAUAAAUGGUUUUCUUGCAUGGUAAUAUUGAUGAUGUGUAUAAGGCCAGCUUAACCUUUGAGGAUGUAAUACUAAUAAGAACUUGACAUGCAACUUGUUUCUCCCGUUAUAUGUGGAAGCCUCAUUGCAACGAAACUUCGUAACACCGUUAUAAGCA